UGCUUUUAAUACAGUCGUACUUUACAGAGGUAGCUGCAUGAUGCUGGAUGACAGUGAGCUGGUUGCGUUAAGAAACAGAUUCAAGAAGGAUGCCGAGUUACUCAUGCAAACAACCACCCCGACCGACAAAGACGACAAGAGUGAAGAAGAAAAAGAUGUCAGACCUCUCCCUCGAAUUAACAAACACUCUGUUUUCUGGAUUGUGGUCUCGAUAACUGUUACCUAUUAUGUGGAUUUCUUUCGCAACAUCAUCGAAAAUGAUAGCAUCCAGAGUUGGUGGUUCAAUGUCGGCCUGCUGCUCCUCGGAAUUUGUCUGUGCCUGGCCACGUUUUGUAUCGUGUACCUGGAGGGGUUCAGAGGCAUCCGGCACUAUGAUCAGGAGUACCCAGCCAUCCCUCCCAUCACCACUGCUGCGUUUAUUGCAGCAUCUUGCAGUUUUAACAUAGCACUCUGGCCUGUCUGGUCCUUCUUCACUCCGCUCAUCCUUUUCACACAGUUCAUGGGCGUGGUCAUGUUAAUUUCUUUGCUUGGAUGAAUGUGACAGUAAUGCACGACAAAGAAGAAACCAUGAAGUCUGGCAAGAUGAUGAAGCAGCCUGACGGAAUCCGGUUGUUAUUCCUUUUUUUAUGAAGACAAUUUGAACAUGACUAUGUGAAGACUGCAUUUUAAAAUCGUUGAAACAUAUGUUAAAUAAUUAGACUGAGAAGCAAUGUUUUUGUUUAAUAUGUUACUUCUCUGUUACGUGCUAUUUUUCUUUUAUAAACUUGUAUAUCUACUUUUGAUGUCUUUCUAAACCUUAAAAAUGUCUUCUAAUUGUGUGUGUAUGUGCGUCAAAUCCAUUAAAUUUGAAUUGGAAACCAA